GUCACCCUGUUGUCCAUAAGUUUACCAAGAGAGUUUCACCAAGGUUUUGGAAUGUCCACGAAGAAUAACUCAAAAUAACACCAAAUAACCCUCAGAACAUCACGGAAAGUUUGCUCGGGUAACAAAGAGAGUACAUCUACUGGGUUUAUACCGCAAUGGAGGCGUUCGGUGGUUAAUAACACGUAUAUUUUGUAAAGUUUUAUGGCAGACAAUUACAGAGUUUGCAAGAAACCACGACUUAUGUCUCGCUCGAAGAUGGCCACUUUGGACUUUACAGACAAGUCUUGAGAGCUUAGGUCCGUAACUAAGAGCUGGAAACAGCCAUAAAUCACUAGUGGAGGGAUUUUCACACUUUUUGGGAUUCUGUUUUGGAUGGUUGAAGUCUGACUAGUGCCGAAGAAGUGGAUUUGCGUUUCUACUUUCAAGCGAGGAAAUGACUUCAAGCGGAGGCCGGGAAUCGCCGACUAUUUCUUCAGAUGCAUGUUGUAUGGCUUUCACCCCGCAAAGUUGCCCUACAAAGGGUGGGGAAGUGGUCUUUGUCUCCUAUUCAGAAGACUUUCCUUUGCCUGAGGGAGGAGAUUUCUUCCUAGUUUUUGCUGGAAGUAAGCAGCGGCAUGUAACAACAGCCCAACAAAUCAAUUGCUACACACUUAGAGCCAUCAUACCAGGCCAUGAUGUGGCUGAACGUGUUUCCUUAACUGUCUACUGCUUAAAGAAUGAUACUAUAGGGGUACUGUCAGCUCACAAGUUUCUCUAUGUAUUAGAAACUGAGCAAAUCUUAGCUGAACUUCUUGCAGAGAGAAGCUCGGACUCUGCAUUUCUAGAGGCCCUGGUCCCUCUGUGCUCUGCUUCAAAUAAUGUUCCCUGUGAUCUGCGGAAUACUCUGGACUAUCGGUUGACGAGUGCAUUUGAAUUUUUGGACUUAUCCCCCACAUGGACUUUGGUUGGAGAAAAUGGAAAACAUGUCAAGACUAGUAAAGGUCAAGAAACUCUAUUGCAUUUAUCAGCAAGGCUGGGUUUUACUCAGUUCGCAGAGUACCUUGUUGACCUACCAGGAGCUAGCCAGGCCCUGGGGAUGUGUGACACAAAUGGAAAGUCCCCCAUGGACGUUGCCAAGGAGAAGGGCCUGCGGUCACUGGCUGAUGUCUUUUUAAGGGGCCCUGGGAGUCAACAAGCCAAAAGUCAGAGGGAUAACAGUAAGCCACAUGUCAAGAAAAGUGAGAUUGGGACAACUACUAUCUCAAGUCACAAUGGAGAUGCACAAAAUACUCUAGAACGCGACAUUGAUAUGCUCCAGGAUAUUAACAACCUUGUUCGAGAUGAGAUGAAGCAGAGAAUAUCAAACUUCAGACAUGCUUGGCCUGUGCGAAAAAAACAAAACCACACCUUAGCUAAAGAAUCUUCAAGUGAUGAGGAGGAAAGACCCCCAAAUGAUCUGCGUACCCCAAAAAAUAUUGGAAUUAACAAUCUGACCUCUCCAAAACCUCCAGGCUCCAAUCGGCAGUUACUGGAACAAAAUCUGAAGCGGCUAAGAGACAUUAAUGAGGAGAUUCAGAGACUUAGACUUGUUAACCAAAACAAAGGCACACGUGAGCUGGGUAGAGGGAGACCAACUCGACGUUUAUCCUGUCCAUCAUUUAGAGGCCAAGAUAUCCUUCAAGCACAUUUACUUAUGAAUAAAGCGGCUGGUAAAGAUGAAAAUAUCUCAAUAAAUGGAACUUCACAGGCAAGAGCAGAUUCACAGCCAGCAAACUCAAUACGGCCAUCACGACAAAAGGACCAUCCCCUGUCACGCAACAAGGAAGGUGACACAAAUCUGCAAGUUGACGACAAAUCUGACAUCCUCCGGCGGCGAAGCUGGGGUGAUCAUGAUUCUGAGGAACAGAAGCCUGACUUCCGACGUCGGGUCAGUUCAAGUCUGGAUGACCUGUCUGGUGAGGGAACUAAAAAGAAGAAAGAUCCAUCACGUAGUAGGACUCAGGUUGUGGAUUUACCAGCUCACUUGACGAAGCAAGAAGAAAGCAAUAAACUAGCAGAUAUCCUGGAUUCUAUAAAGAAGGCUAGUGAUGAGAGGCAGGGGGAGAAGGAUGCUGCGGUCACGAGGGGGGAGGGGUUGGGUAACCGUGUCAGCAUGCAGGGCAAGUCAUACUCUUUGGCUUGUCUAGCAGAUCUCAGGGAUGAGGGUGAAGACGGUUCAGAUUUACAGAACAGCGGAGAAAUGAGUUCUGAAGUUACUGAGGAUGGUCACCGCAGCCCAACCUUACCUGAAAGAAAAAUUUCCAAAGGAGAGACUAAAAUGUCCCUGCUGGACUUUCUCAAUGACGAUGAGAAAAAGAAAAUCCUUCAGUCUUCUCCAAAGAAACCAAGAAAAUGGCCCUCAACAACUAACCUUGGCGCUAUGAGGGAUUCUCUUGAUAAAGCAUCACAUCGCAUCUCCCUUGAAGAAUUCCUCUUACAUCAACAUCAGCCUGAGGUGGAUGCAGACGAUUCAGAUGGCGUUAUUGACAAGAUCAAGUCAGGGGAAGCAGAUAAGAAAGGCAUCCGCAGACUGAGUAUGCUGUUUGGGAACAAGUCGUCCAGGACUUCCAAGAGGGACGUUCCUAAGCUUGCGCACAGCAAAUCUAAUGUACGGAGCAGCAUGCGUAAAGAGAAAGCUCAAUCAACAAUCAAUCUCUCCACAAAAGAAGAUUUCAAAGAUAAGCUUGAGCCAAAGGACCUUAAGGAUACAGGGAACAAGACUGCACUCGGGCGUAGAGCAUCAGGUCUCUCAAGCCGAAACAGACCUGGCGAGGGCGGACCAACCCUACCAAACCCAGGCAUGCUAGCCAAGCCCCAGGGAGGGCGACUGCCAGUUCGCUCACAUUCGGGCAGGUCCACGUCACCCCUGCCAUUCAGAAAAUACAAUGUUGAGCGAUCAUCACCAGUCCUAUCCAGAAAGAGUCUAGGAAUCAACCACGACGAGGGAGACAACAAGAGUGUGUCCAGUGCCACUAUGUCUGUUGAUGACGGCUCACCAGAUGAAGAUGAAGAUGAUGAGCCAGUGUUUAACAUGGAAGGUCUAAAUGACUCUGAUCUUGAAUUCAAGGAAGAACCGGAGGCCUGGAGUGUCACAGUAGACAAAAAAACUCUUAAAAAGAUGACGGCCAAAGAUAUCAAAAGACAAGAUGUCAUUCACGAACUUAUCCAGACCGAGGUCCAUUAUGUGCGGACGCUAAAAAUCAUGCAUAAGAUAUUCUAUAACGGGAUGGUAACUCUCCUAAACCUGUCAAGAGAGACUGUGGACCAGCUCUUCCCUCAGUUGGAGGAGCUGCUAGACCUCAAUGGGACCUUCUUGACGAGGUUAAAACAUAGACAAGACGAGGACAUCAUUGUGGACAAGAUUGGGGACAUUCUAGAGAUCCAGUUCAGCGGUAUAACGGGCGAACGAAUGAAGGCUGCAUAUGGGGACUUCUGCAGCCAUCACAUCGAGGCUGUCGAGCUGUAUAAGAAAUUAUUACGAACAGACAAGAGAUUUGCUGAUUUUGUCAAGAAAUGUGGCCUGAACAAGUUUUGCCGGCGACUCUCCGUCCCAGAGUGCAUCACGUUGGUCACGCAAAGACUUACAAAGUACCCCCUACUAAUAGAGGCCAUUAUCAAGACGACAAAAGAGUCAAAGCCAGAUUACAGUGGGUUGAAGAAAUCACAUGGAUUAGUCAAGGAUAUAUUGACAUCUGUCGAUGACACCAUUAAGGAAUACGAGAAACAAAAGAAACUUCAAGAUAUCAAGAUGAAAAUGGACUUGAAAGUGACGAUCACCUACAAAGGCAACAAAAAAGUGAAGAAUAUCGAUUUUGCGUCAAACACGAGCAAGCUUAUCUACGACGGCUUGUUAUCAUGGAAGACUGCAAGGGGGAAGCUAACAGAAACGGUAGCGGUCGUCCUUGAAGACAUGAUGGUAUUCCUGCAAGAGAAGGACCAAAAAUACACCAUGCUUUCUCUCGACCAAAAGGCACCGGUCAUUAGGCUUCGUAACCUGAUGGUCCGUGAGGUGGCGACAGACAUGAAGGCGAUCUUCCUGGUCAGCACGUCCAAGGAAGGACCGGAGAUGUACGAGAUGGUCUGUAACACCAUCAGCGAGAAAAAGAUGUGGAUGAAGACUCUUCGUGACGCGAUACGGGACGCACCCAAAGAUGACGGCCACGGCGAAAUCAUCACCACCGGCGCUGAUGAAAAGCGAAAAGUCCUUCUUCGUCGCUCCAGCGUCCUGAUAGAGCACGUCCAGAACGGCAAGGAUUCAGAUACCCUCAGGAAGUACCUCGCGGAGAUGCAAGAGCUCAUCUCACAACUCGAGGCAGAAGAGGUCAAGGUUGACGGCGAUAAGAAGGAACAGCUCCUGAUGGCCAGGGAGGAACUGAUGCAAGCCAUGCUUCAAGUCCAGCAAUCGCUACCAAGCGGCGAGGAGGACGAUAAGGUCCCAGAAGGGAACCUGGGGGAACGCCUGAGCAGUCUAUCUGAGGAACUCGGGCCCAAGCGAGCGGACACUUUUAGUGGCUUCGACAACAAGCUCAAACCAAACAGCGUAGAUCAGGCUGUGAUCCGGGCCAGUUCCAUGAAGACCGAACGCCUUGGGAAGACAUACUCACGCCCUGUCACCGACAACCACACCCCCACCACAGGGAGUCCCCUUACCAAGCACAAGAGACGUGGCAGUGGGGGUGGUAGUGGGGGCAGUACUUGGUUUGCGAACAAGGGAAAGAAUGACUCUGGCAGUGACCUGGCCUCCAUGUCUGCCUCAUCGAGUCCUGGUACCCAGUCGCCGUCAGCGGGACAAGAGGAAUCAAUGGAGAAUGACCGGAAUGAUUCAGCCAAGACGGGUAAAGGAGAUGAUGUAAUUUAUUUCUAAAUAUAUAUGUCUUCGUCAACACCUGGAAUGGUUUGCCUGUGUCGUAUUGGACCAUGUAGUCUCGGUGAUUAGGGCUCAUCGACCGAAGUAGAAUAUCUUUCGGACCACAGCCUGUGGAGAAAUUGAUGUCACGCGAAUGGUGCUACAAAUAUCCGUCACGGAAUUUAUAACGCCAUAAAGGACUAAGGAAUUACGAUUUGCGUCGGACAGAAAUAGUUUACCAAACCCAGAAGCCAGAAAAGCGAUUAUUCGGUAGUUUUUCGCGUAUAACCGCUGAUAGGUGCAUGAGCCGAACGAUUUAAAGGCACGUGGCAAGUGCUUCUCGUACCAGGCUUCUUACGGCCUUCACAAAUUGACUUUGUACAUAGCGCAAAAAAGCGUCUAACAUUGUAGUUAGUUUAUAUAAUUCAAACGAUUUGCAGACAAUCCGAUAAUGGUCGUGGGUUGUAAGUUAGGAAAGUGCACCAUUAACAGCUAGGGGCUAUAGCCAGUCUCUUGACCUGUCACGCAGUUUGCCCAGUAAUUGCAUGACACUAUUGCGUGACAGAGCUCCAAACUGUCUCUAGUUUAUCUGAAAAGAAAAAGACCUCCGUAUUUGGAUCUGAUGACUAGCCGGUAUAUGUGAAUUUGUUCUUUCCGUGGCAUAUCGUGUUACAACAACGUGUACUUUUGUGUAGCCGUGAUGAGGUCACGUUACGCCGAAGUCAUGUUAUACGGUAACAUAACGCUACGCGCCACACCUUGAAGGUAACGACCAUUUCAUCUGAUGUGGGGGUAAUAUUUUUAUAUAUAAUUAUUAUUUCUGCUGCUCUUUUUUCUCUCGGCCAGUUGGUCCCUAUAUUUUUUUCUCUUGAAUUUGUGCUGAAAAUACUUUGUUUUCGAUAUUUUUCCCUUUGGGAGAUUUUCGUCACCGACCCGUCAGAUGUCGAACAGUCGUUCCCUUGAGAGCAUGUGACCCUAUCUCAGUACGGUUUCUCAUUCUACUCGCGUCAAUCAACAAAAAGAAUCCAUGUGGAAGGAAUAUAUAUAGAAGUAUUGGUGACACUUGGUUAGAGAAAUGAAAACCCACUCUUCUGAUUAAAUAAUUCAAUCUAAACCGUAAGAACCACGAAUUACUGUCGAAUCCGUUGCAUCGCGACCCGCGUUUUCAAAACACCAUUUGCUUUGGUUUUCUGUUCCGUCAGAAAAACCAUUCUGAGCCAGAGUCUCGCUUUGUGCACUUCCCUGGCUACCCUCUGGACCAAAACCAGACAGUGUCGCGACAGAAAGCCAGGCAACUGCACUAGGCGAGAGAUGGCAAGAAUCUGAUUGGCUUAUAAAAAAAAAAAAUCCCAAAAAACAAAAACAAAUCGAUGUGAUAAAAAUGCGGCGUCGCGAUACAACGGAUUCGACAAGCGAAUUGUAAAUGGUCAAAUUCGACACGUUGCCAAUCCUGAUUGGGGAAUCAUCACCCCCGGCAUCUUGGGACUGGUUUGUAGGGGUAUGAUCCAAUAAAAUAUAUUUUCGUACGUCUUA